GUGUGUGAAGUCAAGUUUUUUUUAUUGUUUUCUUUUUUUAACAAGAAAGCAGCGACAGGGGCCUGUUACAAUUUUUUUUUGUUUUCCAAAGUUGGAAAGCAGCCUGCGGGGCCUGCAACGAAUUCCCCCCCCCUCCCCCCCCCUCCAUCUCUUCGUCUUCUUCUUCCUCUUCUUCUUCCUCCUCCUCCUCUUCAUCUCCCUCCUCUAUUUUAAAGGCACGAUGUCAGCGGGUCAGGGCGGCAGGGCCAGGGAGCCCUUCAGGGCUGUGAAAGGAGACGAGAGGGAAGAGUUGUUGCUCACGCAUGACAUAUGGCAAUGGGUCGACCGGGGGCACAAGAACGUUGGCAGGGCAACUGGGUCAUGGAGGAUGCAGUUUUGGUUGUGCUCCAAGGAGCUUGAUGGGGCCGUGAAUCGGGCCGUCAAUCAUUUCAUCCAACCAUCAAAUGGCGCCCGGUGCAAGCAUGUCAACGGGGAGAUUUUGUACGUCAUUUACAAGCCACAAGGAAAGAGCAAGAUCCCGCAGAAACUAUUGAGCAGACUGGAUGCCCACAUGCGGGAGCUUGGGUAUCCGUCCUCAACACCGACUGGAAUGGGCCAGGAAGAUGAGGUCGGCGAGGAUGGUUGUGAGGAGGAUCCUUUUGGGGAUGUGCCAUCAGCGGAGGGCAACAGGCUUGAGCCAACACCUGGAGGCGAUGGUGCAGCAGCGGAUCUCCCACCGCGACCUCCAAGCAGCAAUGCUUCCUGGCAACAGACAUUGAUGACCAGCUACUUGGUCGAUGUGCUGCAGAGGGAGAUGAAUCACGCAAUUGCACAAUUCUUCUACGAAAAUGCAAUUGUGUUCAAUGCAGCGCGCUCUGAUGCCUACAAAAAAGUUGAGAAGGUCAUGGGUGACGCAGCCAGGGCAAAGAAAGUGCUGACACUGCCAUCUUACGACAUAUUGAGGACUGACGAGCUACAGGGAAGCUACAAGAAGACUGACACCGACAUGGAUGAGAUCAGGUCCACAUGGCCUAAAACUAGAUACACUCUCAUGACGGAUGGCACAACCACAACCAGCAACAGGCCGGUGAUCAACUUCCUCGCCGGAGGAGACAAGGGUGCAAUGAUGGUGAAGAGCAUGGAUAUGGAAGGGAAGGACAAGUCAGCACCAGCCUUGGCUAAGAUGUGGGAGGGGGUGAUCAGGGAGUUGGGUGUGAAGAACAUCAACGCAAUAUGCACCGACUCUGCACAUGUCAACAUCUCUGCUAGGAACAUCCUUGCAAAGCAUCCAGACCCUGAAAUACGACAGAUCCCGUGGGUGCCUUGCGCAUGCCACAUUUGCAACCUCCUCAUGGGGGACAUUGCCAGUGUGUCGAGGAAAGGGAAGCAGAGGAGGGUUGAGGCGGCUGCACAAGGAGACAAGAGCAGUGGGAAGGCAUUGGAGCUCAUCACACCGGGAGAGACCCGUUUUGGAACUCAUUACCUUAUGCUGAAGAGACUGCAGCUGAUGGAGACUGUGUUGAUGGACACAAUGUGCAGCAGCGAGUGGGAUGCGGCCGCGUGGGAGAAAAGCAAGGUGGAACGGGCACGUGCAUGCAGGGAGCUCGUGCGCAGUGUGGAGUGGUGGAAGACAGUGGAUGAGGUUGUUAAACUGCUGGAGCUUGUUUACAAGUUCAUGUGGACCAUGGACAGCGAUGGCCGAAUGGGUCCUCACAUAUGGAGUCUUGCUGUCACUUUGGAAAACAGAAUGAAGAGUGCUCCUAUGGACGAUGACAUCAGGAAGGUAGUGAUGCAGAAGGUGAAGCAGCGCAUGGAGAUGAUGGCACUUCCUGUGCAUGCAGCAACACACAUGCUGCACCCUGCGAACCGUUCUGCUGAUCUAUUUGACAACCUUGAGGCCCCGGUUAUACACAACACUUUAGCCCACAUUGCGACGAUUUAUCCAGUUGGGACGCAAGCGUGCAAAAAAUGCUGGGAUUCACUGUUGAGCUUCCACCAGCGGGACCCGGAGUGGACGGGUGAGAACUCAGAGGAAUACCUGUCCAGCAAGAGGAUCUCGAUGGCACAAUGGUGGAUGACUUAUGGUAAGAAACACGUCAAGUUGCAGGGCAUUGCCAUCAAGGUCCUCAACAUGUGGACCACCGCAUCCCCGUGCGAGAGGAAUUGGUCGACAUUCGAUCUCGUGCACACCAAGAGGCGAAAUAAGUUGUCUCCUGACACGCUGGAGAAGCUCGUCUUCAUGCAUUGGAACACCAAGCUUCUUCGAAUGUCGCGGUUGAAGAGAGGUUACGUGAACACCGAGCGGCUCAGCUGGGAGACUCUGGAGGAUGUGGCCCCACAUGACGGAUUUAUGCAGGAUGGGGAGUACGACCCCGAGGACGUGGCGAGACGGGCUGCAAAUCGGUCGAGAGGAGGCAGUCACUUAUCCAAGGCAACGAUGCUUGACAUUCAGCCUAUUCUAUACGAGGUGGAGGAUGACGGAGCGUGGUUGGCUGCUCAGACUUACACACCUCCUCCGCUCAGACCGGACCGUGCCAGGGUGGUGGAGGAUGUUUUAGCGGAUUCGAACGAUGAGGAGGAGGAGGAUGAGAUAGCUGAUUUGCCUCUUCAGUGUAGCAGGGCGAGGAUAACCGCGUCACGCAGGGAGCAGGGAGAUGACAGUUUGGUUGGUGGUGUUACCGCUACUCCCACCACCCGGGUUGACGAAAGUGCAGUUGGUGGCGCAGGUUCUUGUGUGACCACUUCUAUUGGUCAUCAUGCUUCUGCAGCCGUGGCUGUUGGUGGGAGAUCAACAUUGCAACGUAGCACUUCAGACCUGUUGGUGGCACGAGUUCAGUUGCUGAUCGUGUUCAUGGGAGCACUGAAUCUGGCAAUUGGAGGGAGUUCAACAGUGGACGGUGGUGUUGCUGUUGGUGUGACCGUGAGUGAUACUGGUGCAGGUUGCCCUGGGGAUGCAGCGGAUCUGCCUGCAGGGAAGGUCAGUGCUGAUCUUGAUGUCGACAUGAGUGAUGCUGGCGGAGAGUGUCGUCGGGACAGCACCACCAUCCCACCUGCAGCAGAUGUGUUCGCUUCACUUAUCAAUUUCAUAUCCCCUGAAGAUUACACGAUUUCACCAUUGACUUCCCCCCUCCAAACGGACAGCGAGGACAACAAUCCACCUCGGGAAAGAUUGAGCAGUGUUGUCCCGCCUGUCCCACGGUUCGAUGAAGAGACCACACCCUCAUCAACUGCAGUACACAGGGGAAUGAGCCCAAGUGAUGUACAGCAGCCUGCGGUACAAGAUUGUGCAAGGAUUUCAUGGAAGAGAAUGUCCCCGCCUGAAAUUAACCAAGAGGUUGUGCGCACAGUAAAGAGCAUGGCUGGCCGGAAGAAGGGAUCGAAGAACAAGGAAGUGUCGAAGAAGAUGGAUGUGUCAAAGAAGAAGGACAAAUCAAAGAAAAGGGAACAAGAGAAAGAGAAGGACGCAUCAAAGAAGAAGGACAAGUCGAAGAACAAGGACGUCGGAGAAGGCCCCUCGGAUUCUGUUCGCCGACCAGUUGGCAGACCACGACGAGCUCGGACUGAGCCCGACCCCGACCCUUUGGAAAUGAAGAGAGCUAUCGUCAGAGCGGCGAAAGUGUCGAAAGCACUGAAAUUGAAGAAGAAAUUACAAGUUGCUAGCCAUUCGCCAACAAAACGGGGUAGAAAGAGGCGGAGGGUCGUGGAUGACGAUUUCGCUUCUUACUCAUCUACCACUCCAGCCUCCUCGACUUCAUCUUCCGAUGAGUCUUGCACCUCCUUUAGUGGCAGUGACAGCAGCAGCAAGUGAUACCUGUUUCGUAUAUGCCCUUAGAGA